AUGGACCUAUCCAUAGACGUACUAGGAUGGAUUGUGGAGUGGGUCUACCAUUGGCCCCUUCCCGUGGACAAGUUCCAAGGCCUUCAGCGGGCAAAAUCUCAUUAUCUUCUUUCCUUCACCAUCCUCAAGACAACAACUCAAAAUACCACUUAUCCAGAACCUGCUAACGCCACUGCUCGAAUCGAUACGCACAAUCACGAUCCUACGGCUCUUUGUAGCUUGCUGUUCGCAAUUAUGAAGGAGUAUUUAGACUCUGACCGAGUCAAUUUCUUGAUUUGGAGGUAUUUGAUAGAAGGAAAUUAUCGAGAGACAGCGGUCAAAUUUCAAAAGGAAUGGCACGUCAAGGAACCUCACCGACAGCUUGAUUUCGCGCAACAUGUCAAAAGUCAUGCGCUAGUUAAUGUGAUAAACAAGGGUUUAUUGUAUAGCUCAUUAGAAAGGGAACAUGCGCAAUCACAACAACAACUGCAGCAACAACAGGUACCUCGUGACGCGGCUACGCCAACGGCACUGGCCGAACUAGGGAUAUUUGGGCCGUUACUUGCACAUCCGCCGCUUCAUCAGCAGCUAUUAGAACAACGUCAAGCGGAUGAAAUGGACCAGGAUGAUGAUGCAGAAACAGAUACAGUAGCAGCAGCAGCAGCAACAACUACCUCCGGAGGUGGUGAUGCGGAAAAUAACCGAAAGCGUCAAAUUGACAGGCAACAACAGGCGCCGCUUCUGAAUGGCUCCCCAGCUAAGCGACCAAGACUGAGUAAUGGGUACGAAAAUGGGGUGGAUGCAGCCACAACACCAAUGGAGCUGGACGGCCAGAACCACCACGGCGAUAAUCAUGCUUACCCGUCACCCCAGGAAGGCGAACAAGCACCAACGCCUAUUCCCCGAACUGACGGACCCGAACAGGGUACACAAGUAGAAAAAGUCGAAGAACUAACCACAGAAACCACCUUUAUCCCCCUUGGUUUCGGUGUCGAUGAUGCACCUACCUCUUCGCCAACCACGGCAUUGGCAAGAAUUAAUGGCGAAAGCGCCCCUGUGCUACUGCAUUGCCAGUGGCAUCCCCGAGAUCCCACCAUCUUGGCGGCUGCUGGAACCGAUGCGCUAGCCCGCAUCUGGAACAUUUCUCGUGGAGCCACAACUGACCUUGCAUCCAAUGGUCACGUGAAUGGCGUCGCUCCGAAUUUCCAUACUCUGGUCGAAGAUGAUAUACAGCCCAGGGCCAACAUUACUGCUAUGGCGUGGAAUACUGAUGGGAGCGCGAUCGCUAUUGCUACGGAUUCGGAUUCAAAAGCCCGAAUUAAUCUCUGGGGCCCCGAGGGCGCUCAUUUGCAACGCUUCGAGGUCCCCGAACCACCUGUCUACAAACUGCGCUGGAACCCUAGUGGUGCGGCUAUUCUAGGCAUUGCGCCUGAUAAUGGGGGUGCUUUGAUAACAGUUUAUCACGCGCCAACGUCGAAUUCGAUGACAUAUUACCUCCCGCGACAUGAUCUAGAUGCCGAACCUUUGGAUGUAGCGUGGACAAGCGAGUCAGAAUUCCUAUUAUGUGGUGGUGACCUAUUAGUUGCUCUCAAGUGUGCCGACGGGGAGAUCGCAGAAGUCAAGAAAUUUGAAACCCGGGAUGGUGACAUCUUGACACAAGUCCAGUUCGAUUCCAGGACUUCAUUAGCAGCUACUUGCGGAGAUAAAGGAUAUGUUGAUAUAUGGGAUACAUCUGGCCGACGACGCGAAAUCAAGGCUCAUGUUGACGCAGUUACGAAGUUAGCCUGGCAACCUCUGGAACAACAACCUUCCGGCGAUGAGCGACUUUUGGCUUCUGGUGGUGAGGACGGAGCUAUCUUCGUGUGGAAUGCUUUGGCCCCCGAUAGUAAAGCCAAAUGCUCCAUGACCAUGGGUCCAGCCAUUGUUGCACUUGCUUUCACUCCCGAUGGCGCAUUUAUAGCUGGAGCUACUAACGAGAGGAUACUUAUCUGGAAGGUUGGCGACUGCAGUAUCCCACGAGCAAGUUGGAGUCGAGGACCCCAUCCAGGCUGGCUCAGUCCACGUGCGAACGCCGAGUCGGACGAAGAGGAUGAACAUUGCUUGGGAUGGGAUGCUACAGGCCAUAAACUAGCUUAUGGGGUCAACAACCGACUUGCGAUCAUCAACUUUCGAUGAUGUGGAACUGCAUUGCCCAUUGAAAUACUUAAAAUAGGGAUCGGGUCCAUUUUCGCUUCGUCUGCUUAUCUAUCGGCAAGGUAGCAACCCGUUAAAACACCAAUACUAUUCAUCACACAGACGAGAUGAGAAUUACGCACACUUAUCGCUUAAUAUGACCCACCGCGAUGGAUCCAUCCCGUCUCGACUACAAGGCAACUAGAGCCUACUAAUACAGCUAUACCGGCUCAUGAUCUCGACCAGUUGUCGGAAGCAAAAAGAAAUCGCUUCUGGGGGCACUGGCGGGGCUAUGAUGCCGAAAGGAUUACUUGAAGAUAUUAUAAGGCAAACGAGGGAUUAAUCCCGCGCCAAAUAGCUUCAGAUGUACGAAUGACGCUGGAGAAGAUGGAAUAUAUGGAAGAGUUUGCAGCUUACGCUAAGCUGUGUAUCGAAUGACCG